AGGGGGUUAGUUAAAUGGUCGGCGGCGUCUGUUUUGAGGUUUUGACACUCGGUAUGACAAUGAUCGGUAAAAAUUUAGUAUUCCUUGUUCGCAAAACAAUAUAAAGUAUCAAUAUAACGAAUAAAAUUACCGUCCGAGAAAUUAAAAAUAUUUUUAUAAAUGAGUGAACCUAAAGCGUUCAUCAUAAUUUCGCCAGCGCAGUAUUUGACCGUGAAUAGUUGACACUGAAGUACGAAUAAAAAAACACCUCAAAAGUACAUACUUUGACGACGUUUACCGUAUUAACGUCAAAGCUUAUAUGGGAAUUUUUGUGAGCGUUCUCAAGUUGAUUCGGGAAUGCACGUAUGGGAUGAAACGAGGGCGAUUACGCAUCCUGGGUUAUGGAGACGGAGAGCAUAAAAUCAGCGGCUAGUGAACAUAGCCAUAGCCAACAUAGUCGAAGUUCUCAGAAGCAUCGUUCCCACAAUAAUAAAACACAAAAUCACCGCCAGCAUUCUCAUCGAAGCUCUAGAAAUAGCAGAAGUCAACGUCAUAAAGAGAGAUGUGACGUCGAUGCGAGCGAAAUGGCGCCUUUUCAAACAACGGUGAACGUGCGCACAAACAGCGUAGAAAACGUUGGCCAAGAAGUAAUAGAAGUACAAAUACUGCCACAAGAUGAAAAUUGGGGAGAAAAUACGACCGCCGUUACAGGCAACACAUCAGAACGUUCUGAGUCAACGGAGGACGUUAGUCACUGGCCUAGUGAAAUUGAUGGAGCCUUCAAUUUUAGUUGUAAUCGAUACGUCGAAUCGAUAAUAGCACUGGGGCUGGGGAUAAGUGCUUUUCUAAGUCCCAUAGCCAUGGUCGUAUUACCGAAAUUGGGUUUUUUCCCUGAUUCAACGACGGUACUAACAAUGCGACAGAGGCUGCAACAAUUGUCGUGUAACGCAGAGUGCAAAGGCCAACUUUUAGGAUUAGCAUUCAAACUGAUGCUUUUGGCUAUAGGAAGUUGGGCUGUAUUUUUGAGACCUCGGAACGCAACGAUGCCAAGAGUUUUUUUGUUCAGAGCUGGAGUACUUGUACUUACGUUGCUCUGCACGUGUACUUACUGGUUAUUUUAUAUUGUUCAAGUCACAGAAAGCGCUAAGACUACAGCUAAUGGCGAGACGACGGAGUACAAAAGUUUAGUAAACUAUGCUGGAACUUUUACUGAUACACUAUUGUUCAUUCACUAUAUCGCUGUUCUCUUAAUUGAGAUUCGUCAUAUACAACCAACUUUUUAUAUCAAGGUUGUUCGAUCACCGGAUGGAGAAUCGAAAUCUUACGCGAUCGGACAGUUGUCGAUUCAACGAGCAGCGGUAUGGGUUUUGGAGAGAUAUUAUACAGAAUUUCCAAUUUACAAUCCUUACCUCGACCGUCUUCCGGUUUCGAAAUCUGGUAGAAAACAAUCCAGUUUCAAGUUUUAUGACGUCGAUGGCUCGAUGAGCACGGGAGGAACACAGCAACGAAGCGGCGGCGACAGAGCUGUGUUGGCGGCUCAAGCGCGACGCAGAGACUCCAGUCACAACGAACGUUUUUACGAGGAGCAUGAUUACGAAAGAAGAGUGAGGAAACGUCGAGCUCGUUUGAUAACAGCUGCCGAAGAAGCUUUCGCUCAUAUCAAAAGAUUGCAUUCCGAAUCCGAGUUAGCACCGAAUCCUGGCCCAAUGAAUCCGAUGGAAGCAGCACAAGCUGUUUUCCCAUCGAUGGCACGAGCUUUACAAAAAUAUCUCAGAGUAACGCGUCAGCAACCACGACAUUCCGUCGAAUCGAUACUCGGUCGCUUGGCUCAUUGUCUCGCCCAAGACGCAGCACCUCGAGCCUUUUUAGAACCAUUCUUCACCCCGUCUCCCGUACUUUCGAACGAAAAAGAACGUCAACGACGUUCUCAUCACUGGGCACUCGUUUGCGAGGGUGAAUUACCUUCUCGCACGCUCGCACCUGGAUGCGAAUUUCAAUUGAGACAGGGCGAAGUUGCCCUUCUUUGUACAGCUUAUCGGUUGCCUCAUUUCAAUCUUACCGAACAGCUCGCUCACCCAAAAUCCAACAAAUUUUUACUAAGGCUCAACUCUGAAACGUCAGUAUAACAUUUUCUCGACUGUUCGAUUGACUCGCAUCAAUCGAAAAUACCUAAAGCAUUUUUUCACUUUUCAUUUCAUACAUUCACAUUUGAUAUUUUCGUGACGGGCUUCAAAUAUUUUUCAUGACAUUUCUCGAAGCGAAACUCUUAGUUUGUUACAAGUUUUGCAAGCUUAUCAAAUGAGACUAUAUUAAUGAAAAGUGUCUUUUAAAUCCUGGCAUUCCCAGGCCAGAGAACUGCUUUGUAUGAAAAUAUUUAUAGAACUGAAAUUUGGUAGGAUUUACCAAGACAUAUACACCAGUGCUUUUUUAUCUUGACAACUAUGGAAAACUGAAUUUUUAACGGACUAAAAAGUUGAAUAUUUCUUGAGAGAGUAAUAGAGUAAAUUAACAGUGACACUUCCAUGUCUUUAGCACAGUGAGGAGUUGUAUUUUUUGACGUGAUAACGCAUUCUCCGUACUUGAAGUGUCUUAGCAGACAGUGCAUUUUUAUACCAGUGGAUGACAAAAAAUAAUCCUGUUUUGCGAGAACAUAUGAAAUCCGGUCGUAGUUGAUUUUUCAACGUGGCCUCAAAACAUUAUAAAAUACAAUGCAAAAAUAAAUUUUUAGCAAGUAAUACUAAAACUUUGCCAAAGUUGAACAGAAUUUUAGAAAAAGCCGAUCGGGAAUUUGGGCAUAGGAACUCAAUACUCUCUAUAUUGACAUGGUUUAAACAUCAAAUAUUCUGCUAAAUUCACCAAGUUAUUUGACGUUUGAGAAUUAUUCAAACAGAAUCGAUUUUUAUUGAAUGUUGGAACCUUGACAUUUUUAGAAUCGAGACGUGCUCCUACGUUGCAAAGGUCUCAAAUUAAAAAAGAACAGUAUAUUUCGAUGGAGUAAAUGUAAUCAUAUGUUUACAAAACUUAUUGUUUGCUGCGAUUCAGCACUUUUUUUUAUUUUCUAGAGUCUUAGAGCUCCCCAAGCUCAGGCUUAUAUUCUUGGUCAUCGGAGACAUCCAGAGCAUUUUUUGUUAUUUUUUAAGGGAUGAGAUUUCUGACCAUCACUUACACCGGUGAUAAUACUUAUUGCACUUGCGACGAUAUAUUAAUUCAAUUAGUAUUCAUAACGUGAAACUAAAAUUGAAUUUUCGUGACUAUUACGAAUUCUGAAGAAGCAAUUGAUUUUUCAGUCAUAUUUAUUUCGAUACGUACUUAAAUAGCAAUCGUUCCGAUGUCGAUUUGUCGGUUAUUUAUUUAAGAGGAUUUAAGGGAUGUGCACAAGAUAAACACAAACUCGUGACUGUUCGAAUCGUGACUCGGACACGUUAAGGAGUUGGCCUCAAUGCAAGUAAAAUAAAAGUUUUGCGUAUGCCUGUUACACUUCAAUGAAUCACUGGCGUUGCAUCGCCGUGUAUCAAAAAGGUAUACAUAUCGCUCUGCCGUACGCUGCCUUUUCUAUGUGUGUACAAUCCGACAAAUAGCCAUUAUUUUGCCAGGAAACAUACGCAAAGUAUUUCUUGAAAGGAUACGCUUCGUGUAAAACUAUAUUUUGUUUUGUUUUCGUCGAACGAUAUUCAAGCAAACUAGAUUUAAAUUAACGGAAUACUCAAUAUUUUUGAACGUCUGACAUUCCGCACGAAUAAAUUGAAUCAUUGUUUACGAAAAUUAUUCGGUCGACGUGCUGACACUCAAUGAGCAUUUAUUAUUUCCAUAUUUUAUCAUUUAAUACAACUAGAUAGAAUAUUUCAAAUGUUAUACAAUUGAAAGUUACGAUAAAAGAGGUAAGAGGUACUUCAGAGCAUAAAUUUGCAUAUUCAUGAUACUAUUUAAUACUUUUCAGUACAUAUGAGUAAUUAUAAGACGAGAGAACGAACGAAGAAACAGUAAUCAUUUGUUUCACUUUAAUCUCCGGAGGCUUGAAAAAAAUGAAAAUUUGAUUUUCGUUUUGGAAAGCUUUUGAACGAAUUUUCAAGAUUGGUGUGGUGGUCAAAAUGACUUGAAAUUUAAUCACAUUGAAUCACACAAGGAAAUACCGAUGGUUCAAGGCUUAUGGUUUUCCAUUCCUAAUCGAAUGACAGUGAUCCGUUGAAGUGGUCACUAUUUUCAUGCGUUUUACAUAUCAAAUGAUAAUAUUUUUCAUUAUUUCAUAAAACUGUCCGGCUACGCUAUCUGUACCAAUCAUUCGUCGAUCGAUGUAGGUGUAAUUUGUGCUGUUAGCCUAAGUGAUUUUCUAUACCAUUUUGGUUGAGCUGUAUACGAGACACUUGAUCGAAAAAAAAAAAAAAAAAAAACAGUGCGAAAACAUUGCUCGAGAAGCAUGAAGAAAAAUGUUUUAAUUUCACGUUACACGCGUAAAUAUGCUAGUAACGUAAGCUUUAAUUACCAUGACUUGUGUGUUUCAGACUUGUAUUCAUCGAUUAUUUGAUGAUUUUUAUUAUAUCGCAACUUUAUUUUAUUUCUUGUGUACGAGUGAUAUAUGACAGUGUAUUGAUUCACGAAUAAAGAAAGCCAAACAUGCAA